GACGAGCUGCUCCUCAGGGGAUGGUCCGCACGAAAAUGUGCACCAGCCUCUGAGGAAUCUGAUGCCGGCACCAGCGGUCCAGUGUGGUGCCUGGAGCAGAGCGAGCGCCUGUACCAGACCAACGGAGAGGGAUGUAGACACUUACCACGUGCGGAAUGAGGCCGUUUUCAUUGCCUGUGAGAGCACAGUUGGCCGGAACGGUGCAGAGAUGGCUGCGCAAGCCGUGGAGAUGAAGGAGGACGGCGCCGAGUUCUCCGAGAUCCUCCGCAAAGUCUGUACUUUGGUAGCACCUGGGCGGAUCCGCUUUCGGCGAAAGCGGAGAAGUGCCCCGCAGGCCGUGAGGCACGACGCGGAUGCGAGCGGUCUCAAGAGCGGGGCCUGGCGCGACCUUCCGCAAGGUGCGUUUCAUCCGUUCCAGCGGUGUCGUCACAGCUCGCAGUUUCCGCAGCAGGCUGAGGCUCAGGCAUCGCAGGCAUCGGCUUCGCAAGUGGAUCCUGUCGCAGAAAGUGUCCCUGGUGAGCCAGCGGCGCCGGCAGCAGAUCGGCCUUCUGCGGCCGAGGAAGGUAAUGCAGAGAACGUGGUUCAGCAAGCCCUUGUCGAACACGCAGAUGCCAACGAGGCCGACAACCGUGCAACGGUUUCCGAAGCACUAGCAGAGCACGCCUCUCCGCCAGAGGAGUCGCCAGCAGAAAGCUCAGCGGGUGCGGAGCCUCCAAAGCCGCCAGAAGCGGCUGAGCCGCCUGCCGAUCCCGCGGCUCCGCAAACUCCAGCGGAGGAGCCACACUCUGCAGAGCAGGGCACUGCCAUUGAGCAGGCGCUUGCAGAACAUGUCGAUGCUGUAGCCGCCGACCAUGAUGAGGCGGUCUCGCAGGCACUAGCUGAGCACGCGCAAAGUGCAAGCCAAGACAACGAGACGUUGCCCGGAGCUGGGCAGCAGCCAACCAAUGAUGCUGCAGCAGACGGUCCACCUGAUGCACCACCGGAAGUUCCGCAUCGCGACCCAGUGCAUGCUGACGAAGCUGAUGCAGAGGACAGUGCUGCGAAGCUCCUGAAAGAUGUCCGAGAUGAUAUGGGAGAGCCAUCGCAGGACCAGCACGACAUGCAUCAUGACCAGUCUUUCGAUUCUUUCCAAAGUGCCUCCCCAAAAACGAUGAACCGGAGCAUCCGAAGUUCGCCCGGCUUCACUUCGCACUCAUCGGAUGAUCUGAAGAGCAAGCUGCAAUUCUCCAGUAUGACAACAGAUGGCGUGAAAAAGGGGCCCACCUUCAUGCACACUGUCUCAACUCACAAGACAGGACAGAGGUGGUCCUUCGGCCAGAAGGGGCCGGACCUGUUCCCUGCACUGAUUGACGCGUCUCUGGUGCUGUGCAGAGGCUCACCGGGCAUGGUGGAGGCCGGUACAAGGCAAGUUGAGCUCCACGUGGACGUGGACGUGCAGGUUUGCGUCGCAGCCGACUUGGCUCAAACUUGCUCGCGUCGCCUGCAAGCCGUGCCGCUUGUGACUGACCUCGACGACGAUUGGAUCCAACCACUUGUGCUCCAACUUCCUUGUAUGCUUUACGUCUACGUAAUCUUGCCAGAUUUGGUGGAUUUGCCGUCCAUCCAGGGUGGGUGUGUUCUACGCAUUUCCGGCAUCUGCCGCCCUCUCGGCAUGUUCAAGGGCUCGGACUCGGACUCGGUCCGCAUCCCAGGUAUCCGCAUGGAGGCAUCUGCAGGGGAGUUGUUGGGAGGUAUGGCUCCUGUUCGUGUCUUCAUGGACUGGACUGGCAGGCUGCCGCGAGCUGCAGCAACUGCUCCAGGCACGAUUGCAGAGGGCAAGGCUGGCACCUUCGAAGAGCAAGAAGAAAUCCUGCGCCAGCUCCGUGGCCACGUGGCCGAGGUUGCCCAAUCACCUCACGGGAACUUCGUGCUUCAGCAAGCCAUCCGGGUGCUCAGCUCCGAACGUUUGUAUUUCGUGAUCGAGGAAAUGCUCAGGUGGCGCUGCCCGUCUGAGAUUGCCAAGCACAGGUACGCGUGCCGUGUGCUGGAGCGCAUCAUUGAGUUCUUUCCGAUGCAGUCCUCCUUCCCUUUCAUCGAGGAUGUCGUGCGCCACACGGCCGAACUCUCAUGUCAUGCAAUUGGAAACUACUCCGUGCAACACUGUGUGGAGUACGGCGGGCCGAGCUGCUGCCAAGAGAUCGCCAACGUGGUCUUGAACCACCUUCAUCAGUUUGCAGUCGACCCGAGCGGAUGCGGGGUGCUCAACAAGGUUCUCAUUCAUGCAAAUGCGUAUCAAAGCACUCUUCUCGCCGUGGGGCUGGCCUGCCACCCCUACACAUUUGGCCAUAUGGCCACCAUGCAAAAAGGUUUCGCUGCGUGCCAGAGCCUCUUCCAUGUUUGUCAGCGUCAUCCUAUCCUGGAGAAGCAGAUUCGAAGCCUCCUGAAGGAGAACAUUGGCCCCAUCUCGAAGACCAAGCACGGCCAAGCUUUGCUGCACACGCUGGCCCCGGACUUGGGAGCUCACCGCUUCUACAAGAGCUGGCCAAGUGAGAAUCAGCAGUACCAGCAGCAGUAUCAGCAGCAAUCGCCCCAGCAGCAGUACUACCAGCAGAACUGCCACCAGCAGUCCAACAAGCAGAAGAAGCAGCAGCAGACCGUGCCGCCGCACCGCCAGCAGCGUUUCCGCGGUGGCCGCAACCAGCGCUACCAGCGAUGA